UAUCUCAGGGGUGAUUCCUCAGGAAUUCUGUGAGGCUGAACUGGAAGUUGUGGCCAAUUGCAGUAGAAUUCAAUGCUGCUCGCUAGCUCAGUAGCUUGUACAAGACCAUUGCUUCAAGCCAUUAUGCAUAGACCUGUAUUCUUGUAAUUGAGUGUGGAGCCGUACGGUACUAGCUAGUGCCAGAUUUUGGAGGAUCUUACGAUCUUACUGGACCAUUGCCUCCCACCUUCAAGAGCUUUAUCCUCGGUGGCAUACCACCUUCAAGUCGCGCAUGCAAAAGUUAGUUGUCCUUUCAAGGUUCAUAGACUCGCCUCCUCCCCAGAUCGCCCUGACUGCGACUCUGCACCGCUACCGGGAUACUCCUGAGUGGACAUUGGUUUCGUUGUGGAUUCGAUUCAUGAUGGUACUUGUAGAGCUGUUUUUGUACUAUUAUUAGCUUUGAGAACGAAAGUAAAGACAAUGAAGGAUAGCAGAAAGACCAAAAGUGGAUCCAAUACCAAUGGAUCAGCUGGAGAACGAGGAGAAGAAUGGAACUCAUUGGAAGGUAGCAAUUCUGCCUGCCCCAACACAUGGGACGAAGAGCAGACUGCGGCAGACUCACCAACAGCGGCAGUGGCAAGAAUCCCCGACAGAAUCCUACUAGAUGCCGAGGACCUCAAGAUGUCUUCGACGGAUUCAACUCAACUAAUAGAUGCGGCUGGUACCUGUGCUGUCAACGAGCACGUUAAGAGGGCGGCAGGAUCUCGCAAUAUCGCCGCCCACAAAGACAAUUCGGACGCACGUUUAUUGCACGCAUUGGAACGCACCCCCAAAAGUGGCACAGAGUCGGAAGAUAAUAUGAUGCAAACGACUGGCAGUUCCUGUACCACGGACAACCAAAAGAACAGCUGUAGCCUAAAGCAGGCUCCUCUGCCCAGUGCGAUCCACAGAUCUGAAGAACGGCUUCAGGACAAAAUACUCGUUGUUAAUGAAGAGAUGUUAUCGGUCCCAAGCAACAAUGGGAUUUGGAGUGGCGUCAGUGGAGCAGAAGGCUUUCAAAUGGAUAAUAGAGGCAGCAGAAACACCAGUUUUCAUCAAGUCGGAGACUCAAUCCACCGAAAUGUGUUCCAAGAUGAGACUACUGUUGAGUUUGAGACGUGCAGAAACCUUUCCUCCUCUGAAAACCGAACGGCACGCCUUGAAUCAUCGCCUGGUGCAUUUGCGGUCGAAGGAAUAGGCAUGUCGAACCUGAUUUUCAACGAUGGAGAGGAAGAAGAGGAUCGCACUGUCAUUUGGGGGCAACCGUCGGGUACAAUGAGCUUGCGCAUUGACGAUCCUUGUGUGUCCUCUGCCUUUCUUGUGGACGACGACAGCAAGAUUAUGGAAGAAGACACAACGGCACGCACCAAUACCACCAGGCUCGGCUUCAGCAACCAAGAGUACUUCCAGCCAAACGGUGCAACAACGACAACAACCAGUUUGAGUCAAACAUAUCGCAUGGAAGAUUUGGAACCUGCAUUGGAUGUCCGACGAAUUUCGAAUCAAGACAAUGGCGGCAACAACAAUCAGCAAAGGCAUUGGCUUCUUCUUGUUAUUCUUUCCGUCUUCCUUUGCAUCGUUAUUGCGACAGGGCUUGCACUGGGGCUCGGGCAACGGCCAGAAGAAAACCAGAGUUUGACAUCCUCCAUUGAUGGCAAUAGUUUAUCUAUCUCAGGGGUGAUUCCUCAGGGAUUAUGUGAGGCUGAACUGGAAAUUGUGGCCAAUUGCAGUAGAAUCCAAUGCUGCUAGCUAGCUAGCUAGGUAAAAACAGUAACUUGACAAGAUUAAAGU